AUGCAUUUGGAAAAGAAGAAUGACGAGUUGUUGUAUCUACUUAAAGUGUGUUUCAAUGAAGGCCUUAUAAUUACCAAUGAGAUGACCAAAGGCUUCACCCGUAUCCGGGAUGGGAUGGAUGAUCCGGCUCUUGACAUUCCGAAUGAUGAGAAGAAAUUUGAUUUCUAUGUGAUGUAUGCCCGUAAGAAGGGUCGGCAGCUAGCAUCUUUUGGUUCGUCGAUUGCUAAUGGUUCCUUGAACGUUAUGGCAACUACUCGAGAAGAAAAGCAUAUUUCCUUUUGA